AUGACAGAACUCCCAAGUUACACCAAAAAAUGGCACAACGACGUAUACCCGUCCAUUAACGCCUCCCGGCCUGAGCUCUCUGCCAAAGGCAAGCGAAUCGUCAUUACUGGGGGAGCAGGAGGCAUCGGCGCCGCGACAGCAGAAGCCUUCAUCGUCGCCGGUGCUUCUGAAGUCAUCAUUCUCGGCCGCACAGAGAAGACGCUUCAAUCCGCCAAGAGUGCGAUCGAAAACAAAUAUCACAAAGCCACAGUCGUCGCUCUCGUUUCCGACAUUACUGACCCCCAAAGCACCACACAAGCCUUCGAUACCAUCUCCAAACGUGGUUCCAUUGACGUCUUCAUCAACAACGCCGGCUAUCUAUCCGACAUCGGUCCAGCUGCAACCUCAGAUGUCGCUGAAUGGUGGCGUUCAUUUGAAGUCAAUGUCCGCGGCUCGCUACAAGCAGUCCAAGCCGCAUUGAAAAAUAUAUCUAACAAUGGCGUGAUCAUCAACGUCACCAGUGCCGCCGCCCUGGUGCCCUCUGUCCCGGGCCACUCUGCGUAUGCUGUUAGCAAGAUCGGCUCAACAAAACUGUUUGAAUACAUUCAGCACGAGAACACGACGAUCAGAAUCUUCAAUUUGCAACCGGGUAUUAUUGAGUCAACAGGUAUGGCGUCCAAGGCAGCAGAACAGAGUGGUAUCUCGUGGCCGCAGCAAGAUACUCUUCAACUUCCCGCCCACUUCAUGGUGUGGUUGUCAUCGCCUGAAGGGGCAUUUCUGAAAGGUAGAUUCGUCUGGGCCAAUUGGGACAUUGAUGAGCUUAGGGCAAAGGCGAAAGAUCUCGAGGAAAACCCGACGAUGUUGACUCUGGGGUUGAUCGGUUGGCCUCAGUAG